GACUCGCACUAAUCCUCUCGGUUAAUCGCCUCUCGCCGGCCGGUGGGGGUUCAGACACCAUGCAGUCAGCUGUGGGUGGAGACGAACCAAAGCGUGGACUGUAUAUCUGAGUGUCAAAGUGACGCACACACUCAUACACACACAGGCUCCUGGUGUGACGGUGAUUCAGGAGGAAAGCUACAGAGUUUAAUGGCGAUGAAGAUGGAUUUAAAUGUCACCAUUGAGCAAAUGGAGACGGGGGAGCAGGACGCUGCUCUGAAAGCUCUACAGAGCUACAACAAGGAGAUGAACCAGUGCUUCACAUUCAGCACAGAGGAGGAGCAGGACAGAGAGCGUCUGGGUGAGUUGGUCCUUGGCUUCCUGAACAGGGAGUUGCAACCUUCCUGUCAGCUGGCCUGCUUAGAAACAGUUCGAAUCCUGUCCAGAGACAAAAACUGCCUGAAUCCUUUCAUCAGCCACUCUGCCAUGUCCACGCUCGCCGGCUACGCUGGCAUCGCUGUUGAAAGUUCUGCCAUAUCUGAGUGCACCCAGCAGGUGGAGGGCCAAGAGGAGGGUGAGGGAGGGGAGGAAGAGGAGGUGAGAAAGGAAACCUCUCAACCUUCAGAAAACGCUGACCAGGAAGUGAUCUCUGAGGCUCUGAAGUCUAUCUGUAACAUCCUGCUGCACAACCAGACAGGACAGGUGGUGGCAGCAGAUUUGCAGCUGAUAAAGGGUGUGGCAGAGAGGCUGAAGCAGAGUCAUGAUCCCACCUGGAACCACGAGGUGCGGUUCUUUGACCUGCGUCUCACCUUCCUGCUGACGGCUUUGAGAGUGGACACGAGGGCACUGCUGGCUCAGGAGCUUCACGGCAUCAGGCUGCUAGGUAACCAGUUAGAUGCCACACUUGGUCUGUGUUGGCCGGAUUCGCUGGAGACAGCCCGGGCCGGGUUUGAGGGGGUCCCACCUGAAGAAAUGCCCCUGCUGAGCAGAGAGCAGACAGAACUUGCCAUGGAAAGUCUGAAGAUACUAUUCAAUAUCACGUUUGACACAGCCAAGCGCAAGGUGGACGAGGAGGAGGCAGCAGAGUACAGACAUUUAGGUGCCAUACUGAGACACUGUCUGAUGAGCCUGGCAGACGGAGAGGAGCGCACCGAGGAGUUUCACAGCCAUACUGUAAACCUACUAGGUAACCUCCCUCUGACGUGUUUGGAUGUCCUGUUGAUGCCCAAAGUGCAACACGGCUCCAUUGAGUACAUGGGCGUCAACAUGGACGCUGUCAGCAUGCUGACGGCGUUCAUGGAGAAAAGACUGGACCGGGGACAUAAGCUGAAGGAGACCCUCCUCCCCUCACUGAACCUGCUGACUGAGAGCGCCCGCAUCCACCGAGAGACCAGGAAGUUCCUCAGGUCAAAGGUCCUGCCCCCCCUGCGUGAUGUGAUCAACAGACCAGAGGUGGGUGGAGCUCUGAGGAACAAACUGGUUCGUCUGAUGACACACAUCGACACUGAUGUCAAGGACUGUGCAGCUGAGUUCCUGUUUGUUCUCUGCAAAGAAAGCGUUUCAAGGUUCAUUAAGUACACCGGAUAUGGUAACGCUGCUGGUCUGCUGGCUGCCAGAGGACUCCUGAGGGGGGGCAGAGACUCAGGGAACUACUCUGAAGAUGAAGACUCUGAGACAGAGGAGUACAGAGAGGCUAAAGCCCAUAUAAACCCGAUAACAGGAGUUGUAGAAGAAGAGCAGCCAGACCCCAUGGAGGGAAUGACGGAGGAGCAGAAGGAAAUUGAAGCCAUGAAGCUGGUUCACAUGUUUGACAAACUGUCAAGGAACAACCUGAUCCAGCCAAUGCAGCUCGGUAUGGAUGGGAAGUUGCGAGCGAUGACUCAAGGUGAUCUGCAUAACCACUCCCACAAUCCUGUGCUCCAGCCAGAAGAGCCGACCAACUCGGGCAGCGAAGACGAGUCUUAGAAACUCUAAAGCAUAGAGACAAGAGGCAAGAAAAAUGAAGACAGCAUGGAGUACAUGGAGGCAACUUAAAGGACCAUGUUACCGGUUUGAUGUCUACCUUCCUCUCACUGGCAGUUCACCAGUAUUUAACAGCUGACCACUUCUCAAAGAGCACCGUCAAUGUGUAGACAUGUUUCACUUCAUAUCAGGACACUGAUAAGAUGAUUCAGAACAUUUAUAAUACAAACAUAAACCUCAUCUGCUUCACAAAGGUAGAGUGUGUUUGAAUAGACCUCAUCACCUGCAUGUUUGAGAGGACUACUGAUCACUGCGCUGAUUCACGGCAGGCAAUUCUCAAGAUAUUAACAAUGAGCUGAGUAUUGAGUCAAAGGAGCGCCAUAAAAAAGAUAAGAUAAGAAAAGCUAUGCUAUGUAAGGAAAAUAACUUUUUUUUAUUUUUCCCUGUUAUAUUUUAUCAUUGUGUAUCUUAAAAAUAGAUUUAUAUUUUAUGCACAUAGUACAUUCAUUUGUCUAUUUUUCAUGUAUAUUUUUCAUGUCAGUUAAGAAUUGUAGGUUUUUUUUUUUUUUUUUUUUAUCAUCACAUUAUUUAUUUUACUCCUUCACUGUUGCUUUGAGGACUCAUUGAAGCUCCAAGCUCUCAUUCAGCCGCUCUAACAUUGACAUAUAUGCAGUGAAGAAGAAUAUUGGAAAAUAUGAAUAUAAAAUGGAUAAAUGAACAAUGAGGAUGAAAUAAUUGGUCAUAAGAAUUCAUAUAAAUGUACAUUUUAUUUUUAUGUUGGCUUAUUCAGCUGUAUUUCUUUUUAUGACUCUCCUUUGACUCUUUAUCUGUGGUCUCACAUCACCUCCUACCUGACAUCCAAACAAUUCACGUCAGAAGGAAAGUGAUGUGUUUGUGUAUGGAUGAAAGUUUAGAUCUUAGACUUUAAAAUAAAUUUAGACUUCUAGAUUUCAACCCAAAAGAGAUUGAAAGUUACAUUUGACAACCACAACAGUAUAAAGUUUUUCUGAACAACAUCUCGGCCUCUGUGUUACUCGGGGUCGUCCACAGACCUCACUGUCAACAGUCUGAACUCAGACCUUUUUUGAAAUUGAAGUGGUUGAUCACACAUUUACAGUUCAGCAGAAAUGAUAUUAUCACACUGGGUUCACAACAUAGACUUCUUCAUCACAGCCUGCUGCUAUAUUUCUCUGUUACUCUUUUUUCUUUUCAACAAUAACAAAAAGAGAAAAUUAGUUCACAAUCCGACAACAGGCCCCUCUAGCCAGACAGGACAAACAGAGACUCAACAAAAAACAACAACAAAAACCUAGACAAACAAUACACCAUGUACCUGAUCCACAUACAGAAUAAACAGCAUUCAUCAUUUAUCACCAAUCAAUGAGUCAGGUCAGGGCCCACAGUUCAUUUAACAGAUCCUCCCUCCAAGCCUUUCUCUAAGUAACCCGCUCAUAGCUCCUGAUUGUAUUCAAUACCUCGAUCCAUUCUUUAAAAGUGGACGCAGUGGAUGAUUUCCAGAGGUGUAGAGUUAUCCUACAUCCUGUUAUCAGAGCUUAACGGCACCAUCAUUUUUAACGUUUUGACAUUUCAAUGUUUUCCGGCAGCAUUCCCAACAGAUAAACACUUUGAUUAUUAGUCCAAUGUAAUGCAAACUCUUCAAUUUUGAACCACGAAGGGAUGUUGGUUGGAGGAAGAUGCAAUUAGGACAAAGAGAAUGACAUCAGUCUAUUCUUGAUAAAACUAACCCCCCCGAUUGAACAUAGAUUUUUUCCCCCUACCUUAUUACAUUUUAUUUAAUUUCAUCUCAUUAUAUGUUUUGAUUAAUUAAAAUGUCUACCAAUCAGGGACAUGUUCAGUUUAGCCUGCUUCUGUUACUGAACUGAGAACGUGUUUCUUUGAACUUUGUAGGAUUAUUUUGAGAUGAAGAUGAAUGUCACUUCUACUCUUCAUGUGAGUUGAAGAAAAUGUAUGAAAGUUAGCCAAAGAGCUGUAUUUUGAGUUUGUGAUGAUGACAUAUUUUUGAGAGAAAAAAACAACUGAAUUUUAGAUGCCUGUUGUUUUUCAUAAAGCCCUUCAAAUGUUUUAUUUUUAGAAGAAACUGCAGACAGAAAAUAUCUCAUUUUAAAAUGGAACAUAAAGAAUGUAAAAUCUGAAGCAUUGAUAUAUGAGAAUUAAAUGUAUUAUCCUUUAUAUUGUUAUUAUAUAGCUGCCAACUUUACCACAGACUGUAAUAUACAUUAAAGGUAUGUAAAUGA